AUGGAAUUAAAAGGAAAACAUAAAAAUAAAAUAUUUACAAAAGCUCAAAUAAAAGAAAUGGAAAAAUUUUAUACGGAAAAAUAUUCUUUUAUUCAUGAUUUAUUACAACAAUAUGCGAAUCCAUCAAAAAGUGAAAAUGGAAAUGAUUCUAAUGAUGAUAAAGCUUUUAAAUUAGAUGAGUUACCUCCCAGGCUUAAUCCUGCAUUAAAAAAUGAUAAGCAACCUGCAAAAACACCUGAAGAAUUGCUUGCACGACUCUCCAAAUUAAAAGGAGUACCAAAAUUGUCAUACAAGGAUAAACUAUUAAAAAAAAGUUUAAAAAAUAAAUUAUUAAAAAAAGCUAAAAAAGAAAGAAGAAGACAAAAAAUGCCGAAAAAUAUAAAAAGUGAAAAUGGAGAUGUGGCUCCGAAAAAGCAAAAACCUGUACUUAAUAGCGAAGGUCAAGUUAUUUAUAGUAAAUUUGAUUUCUCUGUUUUGGGUGCUAAAAAAACAGAUUUAAAAAAACCUAAAGUAGAUCCGAAAAUAAUGUUGCAAAAAUUAAAAGAACAAGAAAAAAUGGUUAAAAAUCUUAAAGAAGAAGGUAAGAUAGAUGAAGCUAAACAAAUAGUCGAAAGGAAAGCCAUUAAAACAGCAUUGAUGAAAAUGGAAGGAGUCAAAAACACAAAUUUUACCGUUGGCUGCUUGAUGGGUCAGCUAUUCGGACAUAAUCUUGGGGGCUGUGGCGUUUUUGUUAACAUCGUCCAUAAAGGUGAUCUAUCACCUAAUCUUUCUAAUGCUUUAAGAACAUCAGAUGUUUCAUCACCAUCAGGAUCUGAUUUUUCUUCAACAACUGUAUCAAGUUCUAAUGAAGGAAAUCCUCGGCUCAUGGCACGUUCACUACACAAAGAAACGGCUGCCGUUCUACCAGAUGCAGGAAACAUUCCUUUUAAUAUGAAAUAA